GGACAAGAUCGACCAGUGGCUCGCGGAGGUGUGCGCGCGUGGUAGGCACGCUGUUUUCCGCGUCGUCGUGGAUUAUCCGUCCACUUAUCCCGAGCACCGCGCGCCCGACUUUCUCAACGUCAAAACCAGCGCGUACGACGCAUACGGCGACAAAGGCAAAGCACCAGACUACACCAACCAGCACUUCAGGCGCGCUCUGAAUGAGUUCAUCCGCGCGAUGGGUCAGAAGUACGAUGGAGACAAG